AUGCAGAUUCAAAUCAGUCUCCGAGCCCCGAACGGGCAGUCUCGAAUCCAAAUCGACGACGAAUCGACCCUCCAGGAGCUGGUUGAGCUUAUCAAGUCCAAGACCGAGCUUAGCAAUUUCACCCUCAAAUACGGUUAUCCGUUGCGAAGCCUGGAUAUCAGUGCGCCGUUGCUGGGAACCGGUAUCAAGGACCUGAAUCUCCGGGGAGAAACCAUUGUCGUUGCCAAACUUGAUGCUGCACCACCUGCGCCAACCACCCAGGCUGCGUCGACACAACCGACACCAAAGCCUUUUACUCCCAAGGGGAUAGAGCCGGAUGAGACGUCGCUAGAAUGGCCGGAACGGGGUGGAUACAUAGGCAGGUCUUUGCUGCUCCGCGUCAUGCCCGAUGACAACAGUUGCAUGUUCACGGCCUUUGGCGGCGCCAUCGGCCUUGAGAACCCAUCCAGAAUCCUCCGUGACCAGGUAGCAGAGUACAUUCUCAACCACCCCGAUCAAUACACGGAUGCCAUUCUCGGAGACAAUCCCCAGCGCUACACCACCCGGAUGAGGCAAAUGGACACAUGGGGUGGGGCCAUCGAGCUGUCUAUUCUUUCCGACAUCUACAACCUCGAGAUCAGCUCGAUAGAUGUGAAGUCCCUCCGCGUGGACCGCUUCGGCGAAGGCAAGACCAACCGCGUCAUCAUCCUUUACUCUGGCAUCCACUACGACAGGAUCGCAUUCUGCAUGGACUUGAGCUACCCCAUCGAGGUCGACGAGACGCGGUGGGCCACGGACGAUGACGCCGUGCUGGAAAAGGCUCUCGAGCUCGCCCAGCGGCUGCAGAGACUUCACUACUACACCGACACGACGGAUUUUGUCAUCAAGUGCGAGCUCUGCAAUUGGAUUGGGCAGGGGACGAAGGAGGCGGCCCAGCACGAGCGGGAGACGGGCCAUUCGCAGUUUGGGGAACUAAGCAUUGAAUGACGACGGUCAAGGGAAAGGGGGAACGGGGGAUAGUAUGAUUAACGAGCUGCUGCAUCAAGAGCAUAGCAUAAGGCAUGAACAACGCGUCCGAUAUAUACGACAAUCUUUGGCAAAGGCGUUCGCAUUCCAAGCCAAUUCAUACCGUUUAUCUACACUUCAAUCAUCACCUCCCCUUCCCAGGUAGAUACCACCCUCUAUCGCCCCUGCCCUCAACCAU